CUCAAACCAUCAAACACAACCGGCCACUGCAGGUUUACUUCUCCUCAUCUUGAGAGUCAAGACGAGUACAAAACAAUACAAAACAAUAAAAUCCCAUUUCUCCCUCUCCCUCUCCCUCUCCCUCUCCCUCUCUCUGCACUACUGCAGGCAGUUUCCACUCUCGUCAACAAGACGUCAUCUUUUUCUCUCAUAUCUCUCUAGAUCUCGUCCGAUUAUAUCCACGAAGAUAGUGUAGCUGGAAGAUGGAAGGUAAAAAUGAAGGAGAGGAGAAUCCCCCUCGUGGGAAUGAUUGGGAGGUUGUAUCUCUGACAGCAUCUACAUAUGCAGCUGCUCCUGGUCCAAAAGAAUUUGAUCAGAAGGAUGAUGAUAACAGCAAGGUUUAUGAAGAAGAUGAGGCUGAAAGUUCUCACGCUUUAUUCAUGUCUCGUCACUUUGUGUUUCCACCGAGUCAACAUGAGAAUUUGCCAUUAGAGCAUGUUAACAGUGAGAUUCUUGAUUCACAUGUGGGGAAGAAUGUGGCCCUUGAACUUGGUCCAGAAGAAGGAGGUAGAUCCAGUGGCAAGAAUGAAGAGAUUUGGCCAUUCAAGGGGUUGGAAGAAUCUGAAGAGUACCCUGGGAUACAGUUGUUUGAUGAAAAGGGCAAAAAGGGUCAAGAAUUUGAAGAGAGCACAACCCUGCAAGAUUUCAGUGACAAGGAACAAAGUAUAUACAGUACAGCUGCACUUACUUCUUUCCACAAUGAAACGGCACUCAGUGGAUCAACCACAUAUGGUGAGAACCUGGGAAUUCCCGAAGUAAAUGAAUCUUCUGAAAGGGGAUUGGAUUUUCCUGCUGUUGUUCCUUUCUCACCGAAAGCUGCCAAAGAUUCUGACCUUCCUUCUAAUGCCUGGUGGAAGAGGAGGGCAGCUUCCUUGUAUGCUCAUGCAAAAGAGGCGAAUACAUUUUGGUCUAUUUUCGUUACAGCAGCUGUGAUGGGAAUCGUAAUCCUUGGGCAGCGCUGGCAGCAAGAAAGGUGGCAGGCUUUGCAACUUAAGUGGCAGGCUAGCAUCAACAAUGAGAGAAGUGGGAGUUUACUGAGGCCAAUAACUCGACUUAAAGAUGUGAUUGUCGGUGGCAAUCGACGUGGUUCUUUUAUCAGGGGAAGUUCCUCAAGUGACAACUAAGAUAUUGACGAAAAUGUGAGGAGGGUAAUUACUGUAUUUUUCUGUGUGGACCUAAUUUUCAUAUGACAGUGCUCCAUGGCUACAUGUUAAAAGUUUGAUAUUGCUGUGCUUCUGUAAUUGUGGUGGUUUCAGUA